AUGACUUAUUUUACUUCCAUAAUAUUUCUAUUUUCAUUCAUAUAUCCAUUAUUAAUUCAAUGUCAAUCUGGAACAUUUAUGCCAGUAACAGGACGAAUAGAUUCAUUUAAUUAUGAAACCUAUUUUCGAAUGAUAAGUGAACCUGAGUGUAUAUCAAUUUGUCUUCAAUAUUCAUCACCAUUAUGUUAUGCUAUAUCAUAUGAAAGUUUUCGUCAAGAAUGUCGAAUUAUAACAGAAUCUGUAUCAUCAUCGUUUAUUCCAAAUCAAUUAUAUCUUGAUUGGCAAUCGUAUAUUCGAAUAAAUGACUCUUAA